AUUGCCAUAUAUAUAACCAUGCAGAAGGCCUUGUUUACACCUAAAACUUAGAAAUAUUCCGACUUUCGGUUAACAGUUGUCAUUCGCAAAUCAAGUUUAACACGUAUACAUAUCUGCCAAAAAGUGUGGACUUUAAAGAAACUACUGGCUCCGUAUAAUUUCUCAGUAUUUUCUAGGAAAAUUUGACGCGUAAAAACCAUACUCCGGCACAUCCAGGAAUGUCACACAUCCCAUUCAAAGAUCCUUUACAGUCAAGAACCAAAAAGAAACUCAAACCUGUAAAGGUUUUCAAUGGUGGAAAACGUGGAACAAUCCUACCUGUUAGUGAAUCACAGAGUACUGGUAAAACUAAAUCUCUGUCAUCUGGAUUGUCGAAACGGUGUUCCUCUUUAGGAAAAUGUUCCCAGGUUGAAGCUGUCCACACUACAAAAUUUAACCAAAAAAUUGGCUCCCAGAUUGUUAGAAUUGAAGAUGAAACCUCAGAUGUAGAUAUAGUGCAAAGAUUGCAUACUUUUGGUAUACCUAUAGCAACCAUUCACCCAGCAUUGUGUGGCCACACAGUUGCCUCACCACAAAAUCAACAAAUGAAUCAACCAGUGUUUCAAACCUCUGCUGCUCUUAUGAAAAACCUUGAGGCUUUAAAAAGAUUUGAAAUUGAAACAAGAAAAUUAGUCAAUCUUAAAAUGGAAAAAGAUAUGAAAGUGCAAAAAUUUGUGAAUGCUAAGGUAGCAACAGUCUUGGAUCAAACCCGACCAGUUUUUUCACGGCUCCAACCCAUCUCCUUAAACGUCGAACAGCUUAUGAUUCGGGAUGAAUCGAAACUCCAAACCUUAGCAGUGAAGUAUGCUCCACAAAUUCGUUACAAGGAUCCGCAAAUAUGCUUGGAAGAUUUUGUGGACUGUGUCGUUAUCUCGAGAACUGCAGUUAUUCCAGAAUGCUCUUUCCAUGAUCUGUGUUAUAAUUAUCACAUUGAUCCAUUUACUGAAAGGCAAAUGGUUGAAGACCAACUGAUUCCUUACACAUUUGGUUUCGGUAGCGUUUAGCACCAUGUUAUAUUGUAAUUGAAAUUUACCAAUUUCGCAAUGAUUAAUACAAUGUGGCCAUAUUAUUGUAGAGAUGAACGUUUGAUACAUGUUUUACUAUUUAAUUAUGAACAAAAGAACGUUGCUUUGUAUUUCGAAAUUAAAUGAAGAAAAGUGUUACAUUUGAACAGCUAAAUUUAACGCCCUUAAGGGGAUAAGAUCUCCGGGAUACACGAACUUCAUCGCUCCGGAUGAAUUGCGAGUAUGACUGUCCUAAGCGAAAUACCAAGAAACGAAGGGUUUGGGUGAUGAUGAUACUACAUAAAGAAUGGGAUACUUGCCAAUAUUAAUUUUCGGGGAUGAAAUGUAAAUUUAAACGAGGGGAAAAAAUUAAUAGACAGCCAAUAAGUCACAGCUAUAGAUCCAUUUUCACCGACAAAUUUACUCGUGGAUUUCAGCCAGACAGAACUAAGAAAGAA